AUGUCGUGGUUUGGCUCAAGUACCGUGACGAUAGAUGCUCAGAUUGAAAGAGCGACUGAUGAAUCAAUCCCAUUUGGGGAGACAGAUCUUGCAACAUCAUUAGAAAUAACAGAUUUGAUUAGAAGUAAACAAGUUUUACCAAAAGAUGCUAUGAGAAGUUUGAAGAAAAGAUUAACAUCUACGAAAAAUCCAAAUACUCAAUUAUCAACUUUACAUUUGAUUGAUACAUGUGUUAAAAAUGGUGGUAAUCAUUUUAUUGUGGAGAUUUCAUCAAGAGAGUUUAUCGAUUCAAUAGUUUCCAUUAUCCAUGAUGAUAAAACAAAUGAGAAUGUUCGAGAUUUAUCAUUGGAUUUAAUUCAAAAUUGGGCUAUAGCAUUUAAAGAAAAUUUCCAAUUUAAAUAUGUUGUUUCAACUUAUGAACAAUUAAAAUCAGAUGGGUAUAAUUUCCCACCUAUUGGAUCUGAAAUAUCAUCAAAUUUAUUUGAUUCAAGUGCCCCACCAGAAUGGGAAGAUUCAGAUGCUUGUAUGAUUUGCUCCACUUUAUUUUCAAUGUUGAAUAGAAAACAUCAUUGUAGAAAUUGCGGUGGUGUUUUUUGUCAAUCUCAUUCAUCAAAAUCAUUACCUUUGCCACAUUUAGGUAUAACUGAACCUGUUAGAGUUUGUGAUACAUGUUUUGACGAAUUGUCAUCAAAAAGCAGUAAAGGUCAUAAGAGUAAAAAAACAAGAAGAUCAAAACAUCAAAAGGAAGUUUCAAGAGCAAGAGCUCAAUAUGAUAGUGAUGAUGAUGAAGAUUUGAAGAAGGCAUUAGCAUUAAGUCUAAGAGAAAGUCAAGGUUAUACACAAGUGCCGAUUCCAGUUAUUCCACCUCCUCAACCAACUCAACAACCAAAAGCCCAAACUGUUAAUGAAGGUGAUGAUGAUGAAGAUAUGAAGGCUGCCAUUGCUGCAAGUUUGAAAGAUUUAGAAGAUAAAAAACUUGCCAAUCAACAACAACAACAACAACAACCAAUUGAUAACAGCCCGUAUGCUAAUUUAUUACCACAAUCUAAUUCUCAAUCAUAUCAAUCAAAUAUUGCACCUCAAGCACCAUCAGUUAAUCAAAACUUGAAUAUCAUUAGUUCUAAUGAAGAGAGUGAUAUAAGACAAUUUGCAUCAAAAGUUGACUAUUAUAAAUCUAAUCCAUCAGCUACAACUGAUAUGAAUGAAUUACAUGAUUCAUAUAGAAGAGCAGUUCCAUUAACUCCCAAGCUAUCUAGUGAUUUGAAUGAAUCUAUAGAUAAAUACGAUAAAUUAGUGGAUAUGAAUUCCAAGAUUGAUACAGUGAUGAGGUUAUAUAAUAAAUUAUUGGAUGAGAGAAUUGAACGGGAAUCUAAUUAUCAAAGACAGUAUCAACAACAAGCACAAUAUCAACCUUCUUCAUAUCAGCAAUAUCCACCUCAA